AUGGCUCAUCUGCAUAACAAUGACCUCGAGUACGUUGUUGAUGAGUAUUACGACUCCGAUUUCGAAGAGGAACCGCAGCUUCAGAAGGGGGACGAGAUGGAGUCUUUGGACUCGGACUUUGAAGACGAUUUGGAGUUUAACAAGUCCAGCACUGACACAACUGCUGUAGAGUUGAGGAACGGGAAGGAUAUACAAGGAAUUCCAUGGGAGAGGCUCAAUUACACUAGGGACAAGUACAGGGAGACGAGAUUGAAGCAAUACAAGAACUACGAGAACCUCUCUCCCUCUCACGAGCAGAUCAAUAAGGAGUGCCUUCAAGUAACGAAAGGAAAGACAUUUUAUGACUUCCAGAUGAACACAAGGCACGUCAAAUCGAAAAUUGUGCAUUUUCAGGUAGAGGCCUUUAUCCCCCUUCCUUUUUUCUUUUCUACCAAACGUCCGGGGUUGUUCACACAAUCACUUUCCCGAGUGCAAAUAAGCUCUAUGGCUGUAAAAGACAACAUAUUGGUGGCCGGUGGCUUUAAAGGAGAGCUUAUAUUCAAGUAUCUUGAUCAUCCUGGAGCUGCAUUCUGCACCAAGCUGACAUCAAAUAAAAAUGCCAUCACCAAUGCGGUGGAUAUCUACAACAGCCCCAGCGGCUCAAUGAGGAUUAUGGCAGCAAAUAAUGAUGCAAAGAUUAGAGAUUUCGAUGCCGUGAGUUUUGCCUGCACAAACCAGUUCUCCUUUGAUUGGUCCGUAAAUAGCACCUCAGCUAGACCUGACGGGAAGCUGGUAGCGGUCCUUGGCGAUAGCGUAGAGUGCUUGCUUGCUGAUUCGCAGUCUGGGAAGGUAGCUACUACCCUCAAAGGACACUUGGACUAUUCCUUCUCUCCAGCAUGGCAUCCGGAUGGCCGGAUUUUGGCUACGGGCAACCAGGACACCACAUGCAGGCUAUGGGAUAUCAGGAAUCCUUCCACAUCUCUGGCUGUGCUGAAAGGAAACAUGGGGGCCAUAAGGGGACUAAAGUUCACGUCUGACGGGCGGUUUCUGGCAAUGCAAGAGCCUGCUGAUUUCGUGCACGUGUUUGAUGUGGAAUCUGGGUAUGUGAAGUGCCAGGAGAUUGAUCUGUUUGGGGAGAUCGCCGGGAUAUCGUUCAGCCCGGAUCCAGAGUCUUUGUUUGUUGGUGUAGCAGAUCGUACUUACGGCAGCGUGUUGGAGUUUAGUAGAAGGCAUUACGACUGCUGCUUCGACUCCUUUUUUGAUUAG